AUGUCUUCAGAACCACAUCAGAGCAGCCGGUUCGGCAAGUUCUUCCACCAUAAACAUCAAAACGAACACGGUGAAAAGUCGGAAAAUCCUGAAGAACCUUCGAGCAGAAAGACAGAAAGUGAGACGGCCAAAGUUGAAGACAAUUUGAAGAAGGAAGGGAAGAAGUUCGAGGACUAUAUUCACGAGGAUGAGGAGCUUGAGGAGGAAGGCAAAACAUACGGAGGUCUGAUGUGA